GCCCUAAGCCGGCUCCUCCCGCCUGGGCCGGGCCGCGGACACGGCGGCCAUGAGGCGAGCGCAGCGCUCUCGCCAGGAGACACUGUCCUUACGGCGGCGGAUCAUCGGCUCUUCUUGCAAACUGUUUUAUCCUGAUGAUCCACUGAAGAUUGUAAAGGCAAGAGGCCAGUACAUGUAUGAUGAGAACGGAAGACAGUACCUUGACUGCAUAAACAACGUUGCUCAUGUUGGACAUUGUCACCCUGAUGUAGUAAAAGCAGCCCAUGAGCAAAACCAAUUGCUAAAUACAAAUUCUCGUUAUCUUCAUGACAACUUGACUGAUUAUGCAGAGAGACUUUCAGAAAAGCUACCUGAGAAGUUGUGCACUUUUUAUUUCUUGAAUUCUGGAUCUGAGGCUAAUGAUCUUGCCCUAAGAAUGGCACGACAGUUUACAAAGCAUGAGGACGUUAUAGUUCUAGACCAUGCUUACCAUGGACAUCUGACAUCCUUGAUUGACAUAAGCCCAUAUAAAUUCAGAAAUCUAGAAGGACAAAAGGAAUGGGUCCAUGUGGCUCCCGUUCCAGACACAUACAGAGGAUUAUACAGAGAGGACCAUGAAGAUCCAGUAACAGCCUAUGCUAAUGAAGUAAAAAAUAUUAUUAAGCAAGCACAUAAGAAAGGCAGAAAGAUUGCUGCGUUUUUUGCUGAAUCUCUGCCAAGCGUUGGUGGUCAAAUCAUCCCACCAGAAGGCUACUUCCAGAAAGUUGCAGAGCAUGUGCACAAGGCAGGAGGUGUAUUUGUUGCUGAUGAAAUUCAGGUCGGCUUUGGCAGGGUUGGCAAGCACUUUUGGGCAUUCCAGCUUCAGGGAGAAGAGUUUAUACCUGACAUAGUCACUAUGGGGAAACCCAUAGGUAAUGGGCACCCUAUUGCCUGUGUAGCAACCACAAAAGAAGUUGCAGAAGCGUUUGCAGCCACAGGAGUAGAGUAUUUCAACACAUUUGGAGGAAACCCUGUUUCAUGUGCCAUUGGAUUAGCUGUUUUAGAUGUGAUAGAGAAGGAACAGCUUCAGGUUCAUGCCACAGAAGUUGGCAACUUCUUGAUGAAGCUACUCAUGGAGCAAAAAAUCAAGCACCCUAUCAUUGGUGAUGUCAGAGGUUCUGGCUUAUUCAUUGGAGUGGACUUAAUUAAAGAUCAAGCAAAAAGGACCCCAGCCACAGAAGAAGCAGAGUAUUUAAUAACAAGGCUUAAGGAAGAAUAUAUUCUACUGAGUACAGAUGGGCCAGGACGAAAUGUACUUAAAUUCAAGCCCCCAAUGUGUUUUGCUAUGGAGGAUGCAAAAUUUGUAGUGGACACCAUUGACAAGCUUUUAACAGAUAUGGAAAAAGAACAUCUAAACCAGGAGAAAACAUCCACUGACUCAAUCUAAGCAGGUACUUAUCCAUAUUCACUCUUUAUAUCACUAUUUAGAAGUUGAUGUUUCUAAACAUGCUUCACAGGCACUGACCCUGGCAGUAGAGCAGGACCAGGUUUCCUCAGAGUUGCUUUUACUUCAAAUUAGUUCAGAGCUCUUUGGCAGUUAGAAGCGUGGACUAGUCUUGGCUGCAUCUGGAAUUCACUGCUACCUUCUAAUAGUCUGAUACUUCUAGUGUAACACUUAUGAAUUCAUUUGUGUUUUCAAGCUAGGUCGAACAUAUUUAAGAAAUGCCUAAUGCUGUCACAGCUCUUGUGCCAGCUGCUCAAGUGUCUUUAGCCCCCAGACAGAAGCAGCUGUAGCUUCAUAUAGUGCCUAGUUACAGUAAAAUUAAUAACUACCUCUCAGCAAGUCUUCCUGUAACUGCCCUUAAGAACACGUGCUCCAACACUACAUUCAUUCUGCAUGUCACUAUUUGGGAACCUCCACUUAAACUAGUAGUGAAAGUACUGUUUAUAGCCCUUCAUAAAACUACUACAGCCCCUGCUUUCUUUAAACCACACAGAAUCAUUUCAAGCUCAUGGCUGUUACUUCAUUAAGCAUCAGCUUACCCCCCUGCCCACUAGGUUUGGGGCAUCAGUAAGACAAACAGCUGUUAAGUCUUUCUAAAUCUAAUAUCUGUUGAGGUCCUUCUGUAGCUUGCAGAACAUCAAGCUACUUCUCAUCUUACCAUACACUUACAAGCAGCAUAACCUUACAGUUAACACCUUGAUAACAACACUUUAGUACACCCAGUACUUCCUUAAACCAACUCCCUACCAGAAGACAACUGAAUGUUGUCUUGAAGUGUUUUUUAACCAAGCACCCAGUAAAGUUUUAGAUACCUGGAUAUGAAUGUAAUCACUUGGCCUCAAGCACCACGCUAUUCACGGUGCUAUGGCUCUAUGCUAAGGGAAUGCAAGUUUCUAGUUCAGAGCAAUAGCAGUAUAGCAGGCACAAGAAAAGUGUGUUAAUAUUUUAUUUAGCAAGUUAAUAAAAAAGACAUACAGCUGUUAGUACUAUGGAUUCUUGAGAACAGAAGGAUUACUCACAGUAUCAGUUUAACUUAGACACCUAAUAACUUAAUAUGCUUAUCUGCAAAUCUAAAAUAAGGAAAAAAAUGCUUCUCUACAAAAAAGCAAGAAUGCGAAAAAAACCUCUCACUAAGUACAACACUUACAUUGUAUGUAAGUGAAAAUGAGGCAAUGAAAUAGAUUUCUUUUAAUGAUACUUUAUAAGAAAAACAUAACAUUAUUUUCUUUCCAUAGGUUUCAAACAUGUUUCAAGACCUACUACUAAGAAAAGUUACUCUACUGUGAUAAUGUACAUUUAAUCCUCAUCUUAGUACGUAUUAGA